CGGACCUCUGAUAUUUCACUCUUGGGAUGUGCACCGAAGCAGGAGCAGUACUUCGUGCCCAGUCGGAAUCACGUUGGAAGGAUCAGUCGCAACUGUCACACCUCCAACCUCCUCACCCCCAACGGCAAGGAGAACGCUCAGAAAAUAGCGCGCGAGGAGCUAACCGAGGUGAUCCUGAAGCUCCUCAUGGCGUGGAGAGACCCCCUGUGGCACUUCCACCAGAUCACAGCCCACCAGCAUGACCUGGCCAACUUCAGCUCGGACAAGGCCCUCGAGAUGAGCGACAUGGUGCAUGAGCUACGCAAAGGUGUGGAAAAAGUGGCCGAAAAGGUACUCGUGAAACCGAGACGCUAAAUUAACCCUUUC